AUGUAAAAAAUAUAUAUGACGAAAUGGUGUCUCUGGGCAUCCAGUUUUCCAGAAGGUACACUCGAGUGGAUAACAAUGUUCAAUAAAGGCCUAAAAUAUUAUAAAUCUGGUAGAUUUCAUUUCGAUAAAAUUAGGUAUGAGUACAAGAGAGUAAUUGAUUCCAUGAAUUUACCGAAAAAUGGAGAGUUGAGAGUGAUUGAUAUUGGAUCUGGAAGUGGUCGUUUAAUACACGAAUGUUUAAUACCUUUACUUCCAAAAAAUAUAAAGGAGAUCGUUGCAACUGAUUUGGAUCAAUCUAUGGUUGAAUUUGCUCGUUCAGUUAAUGAGAAUCCAAAAGUAAAAUUCGGCGUGUUGGACAUUGGUGCUGAAAAUAUACCUGAACAUUUCUAUAAUAGAUUCGACAUUCUGUUCUCGUCAUACUGUUUUCAAUACGUACAAGAUAUAAGACGUGGAUUUUCGAAUUGCAAGAAACUAUUAGCCCCAAAUGGACAAUUUUUAAUGAUAUUUCAGUUCAAAACGAAUUAUCUCUUCUCGAUAUACAAAAAAAUGAGUAGUAUCGAUAAAUGGAAUAAAUACAUGAAAGAAUAUGCGAACUUUACUCCACAUUUCUCUAGUAAAGAUCCUGAUUCCGAAUUGAAACGUCUGUCCAAGGAUUAUGGAUUAACACUUCUCGAUCAUAAAUUCGAGCCUGAAUAUCAAUAUUAUUUUCCCAAAUGGGCAUGCCUUGAUAUUUUCCAAUCGAUAGACUUCAAACUUGCUACCAUUCCAAAAGAUCAGCAAGAAGAUUACAUACAAGAUUUUGUGACGAUCCUGAGUGAAGUAACAAAUAUCGAUUUUUCAGAUGAGAAAACAAUGGAUGAAUCUAUAAUACUUUCAAUACCAACAGUUUGCGUACAUGCAAAAAAUUCUGAAUCAAGAUAAAAGUAAUUUGUGUAAGCUUUUUUUAUUUAUAGAUAAUUGAAUGUGUUGAAUUCUUAUCUAAAUUUUUUCUAUAAGUGCUUAAAAUAAACUGAAACUCAAAAUA